AUGGUUCUUAAAUCUAUUGUUGUUGUAUCUUUUGUGUUUUUUAUUUGUACAAUUGAAAGUGUUGUUGGAGGAAAACUUAGAGAGGAGAAGACAACCCUUGGACAUGGUGAGGAGAUAAGCAAGAUUAGAGGAAGUUUUGGGUGUGAAGUUGGAGAAGAAACUUGUGGUGAGAUUAGAGGGAAAAAUGUGUUGGAUGGUGGUAUAGCAGGAAACAUAGGGUUAAAUGAUGUCAACAGAGGGCAAGUUGGCUUCAAUUUUGAUAUAAUUUUUGGACCUCGAACAAUAAAUGAAACCAAAGCUUCAGUUGGAGAUUCAAAUGAUAAUGGAGCAAUAAGCAUGGGGGGAUCCGCAAAUGGAAAUGGAAUCGGAGCUGCAGCUGGAAUUGGAGCAGGAGCUGGAGUUGGAGCUAAGGGACCUGGAGCCGUAGCUGGACUUGGAGCUGGCGCCGGUGCCGGAGCCGGAGGUGGAAAUGGAGCUGGAGCUGGAGCUGGAGCAGGGGCUGGAGCUGGAGCAGGAGGAGGGAAUGGAGCCGGAGCCGGAGCAGGAGCCGGAGCCGGAGCUGCAGCUGGAGCUGGAACCGGAGCUGGAGUCGGAGCCGGAGGUGUAAUUCCUCCCUACACUGCAUCUUCUCCUCGAGCUGCUCCUCCUCCUGCAUCUGGAUAUAUGGCUACUGCCGAAUAUAGAUCCAUUUUUUGA